AUGGGGGGCAGGGAGAGGGGAGGGGGCCGCAGGUGGCUUGGGGCCCGCUCGGCUCAGCUCACACUCGGCGGCCCCGCAUCGCGCGGCGCGGGCUCUGCCGUCCGCCCCCAGCGGCCGCGCUCCGCGAACUCCUGCCGUCCCUGGCGCUCGGUACUAGGCGCUCGCUACCACUCCCGGCCCCGGCGGGAAUUGUCAACAAAGGGACCAGAGACUCGCAACUCCGCUCCACACUGUGCGCCAGCAUCCCCCGGGCCCCGAGGGCGCUCCGGCCCGCCCGGAGACCCCCCCGCCCAGGCUGGAGCCGGGCCCUGGGGCCCAGGGAGCGGGUGUAGACAAAUCCUCCAAGAUUUAACUUCCAAGGAAACCAGCGGCGGAGCGGUUGGAGGAGGCGAGGAUGUGUGGCCAGUGCACGCGGAGUGCAAGGCCGCCUAGUUGGGAGCCGCAAGAGCCUGUGCCUGGUGUGGCAGGCACACGUAACCCAAUCCCUGUCUGUACGCUGCGGCCUGGGAGGUAAGCGCCGGCCUCACCAGAGGAAGGAGCACGAGGGGAGGAGUUCCGAGAGGAAAUAAUUAGUGAAAUAUUUGCAGAAGAUGCUGGGAUGUGGAUUUAAUUCCGGAUGGACAGUGGUGCUUCCGAUUCCCUCAGUCUGUUUCCCCAUCCACGAUCUCCUCUUUCCUUGGCCUAGAUACACCAAAAAUAAUUCAAUAAAAUAAAAAUUUAAAAAUCU